AUUUCUAAUUCCUUUGGUCCUUGGAAAAUUGCGAAAUUCAAUUCAAAAGGCACAAACACAAGUCCAUACCAGCCAGAAAUUAAAAACAAAACAAAAAAUUCCUGUGUGUGUGGGGGAAACUUUCCCUUUCCCCUUUUCUUUUCUCAAUAACUAUACAGACAGACAGAACCAAAGCUUCAGUUCCAGCUCGAAAAUGGUGUCUUACGUGAACGCUUUGCUGUACGGAGUGGGAGGUUUGGUGGUGGCCGGAAUGGCGUUACUGGUCGCUCUCCAGGAGCGUCUGGUCUAUGUACCUGUUCUACCAGGCCUUACUAAAUCCUACCCCAUAACCCCUGCUCGCCUCCGACUCCCUUACGAGGACGUCUGGCUCCAAUCCUCAGAUGGCGUACGCCUUCAUGCCUGGUUCAUCAAGCUCUUUCCCGACUGCCGAGGUCCAACCCUCUUGUUUUUCCAAGAAAAUGCUGGGAAUAUUGCUCACCGACUUGACAUGGUCCGUAUAAUGCUACAGAGGUUGCAGUGCAACGUGUUCAUGCUUUCAUAUAGAGGUUACGGUGCAAGUGAUGGAUUUCCUUCACAACACGGAAUUACUAAGGAUGCUCAGGCUGCAUUGGAUCAUCUUUCUCAGAGAACUGACAUUGAUACAUCUAGAAUAGUUGUGUUUGGAAGGUCACUUGGAGGUGCAGUUGGAGCUGUGGUUACCAAAAAUAACCCUGAUAAGGUUGCUGCAUUGAUAUUGGAGAACACUUUCACGUCUAUUUUGGAUUUGGCUGGAGUUUUAUUCCCUUUCCUCAAGUGGUUUAUUGGUAGCAGUGGUGCGAAAGGUCCUAAAGUUCUCAAUUUUCUUGUACGAUCUCCAUGGAAUACCAUUGAUGUCGUUGGUGAGAUUAAGCAGCCUAUUCUUUUUAUCUCUGGCUUGCAAGAUGAGAUGAUUCCCCCAUCCCAGAUGCAAAUGCUCUAUGCUAAAGCAGCUGCUCGCAACAGGCAGUGUGUUUUUGUGGAAUUUCCUGAUGGCAUGCAUAUGGAUACUUGGCAUUCCGGUGGUGACCGCUACUGGAGAACAGUUAAAGAGUUCCUUCUUCAGCAUGCUUCAGAAAGAAAUGAAUCAUCUAAGAGUGGUAAUGGUAUAAUACAUUUGCUAAAUCAGUCCCACUUGUUUGUCUUCACUUCUCUACAAUAUAUCAUCCUUUUUCCUUGUUUAAACUCUCUUCAUGCUUUCAGAUACUGGGGCUAGGUGAUUUGAAGAAAUUUAUUCUUUGCAAGUUUUAUUCGUUGGCUCUUCCAGGACUCAACAACUUUUUGUACUUUCUAUUGAAGCUGCAGCAGUCAAAAGCACUUUGUGAGGAGGAGUUGCCAUUUUCCGAGACCUGCUGCGGUUGCUUCCCAUUAAGAAUUUCUUGGUGAUUUUUGUUGGUUUUAAGAAUUUCAGAAGAUGCAGAAGAAAAAAUAUGUGAAAUACCCUUUGGUAUACAACUCUUUUUUAAGACAUCUGACACAGGUACCAUAACUAAUCAGUUCUAACUGACUCAUUGUAUGAAAUAAGAAAGUUCACUACAAAUGCAAAUAUAUAUUUUUAUAAAGCUCUAUUGGUAUGUGCUGGUGGCUUUUGUAUCAUUAUUUAUUCCAAUAUAUCACUAUGAUAAUCGCUCUAUUGUUAAA